UUUUAUUGGAUUAACGUCGGUUAAUCCGCGCGCUCCCGCCGCUGUGUCGCGUCUCCGGUGUCUUCGCGCGGGAGGAUUCUCUCUCCGUCUGCAGGUGUCCAGGAGAUCAUGACGGAGGAGCACACGACAGGUGGUGCAUGCCUGUCCCAAUCAGACCGCAGGAUGACUGCUGGAGCAGAGGGCGGGGCUGAUGUCACAAAGGAGGCGUGGCCGGCACAGCCACGCCCUUUAUCACAUGACCGGGUCACACUAGUAGUGGACGGGACUCAUUUUGUGGUGGAUCCUGCGGUAUUCACAGCUUACCCGGACACAGUGCUUGGGAGGAUGUUCGGUCGAGCGCGUCAGCACAGUUUCACGCGACCAAACACUAAAGGUGAAUAUGAGAUCGCAGAAGGCAUCGGUGCCAGUAUCUUCAGAGUAAUACUGGAUUAUUACCGUGUCGGCGUGCUGCACUGUCCGGAGGGCUUGUCUUUGGCAGAACUGCGAGAAGCAUGUGAUUAUCUGUGUAUAAACUUCGACUACAGCACCGUCAGAUGCAGAGACCUCAGUGCUCUCCUGCAUGAGCUGUCCAAUGACGGCACUCGGAGGCAGUUCGAGGCGUUCCUGGAGGAGCUGCUGGUCCCGGCGAUGGUUGCGAGCGCUCAGGAAGGAGAACGAGAGUGCCACAUUGUGGUCCUGACGGACGACGACAACGUAGACUGGGAUCACGACAACCCUCCGCCAAUGGGAGAGGAAAACUCACAAAUCCUCUACAGCACCAAACUCUACCGUUUCUUCAAGUUCAUCGAGAACAGAGACGUCGCCAAAGCUCUGCUGAAGGAGCGAGGCCUGAAAAACAUUCGCAUCGGGAUCGAGGGAUACCCCACCUGUAAGGAGAAGGUGAAGCGGCGUCCAGGUGGGAAGUCCGAGGUCAUCUACAGCUACGUCCAGCGUCCCUUCAUCCAGCUGUCCUGGGAGAAAGAGGAAGGGAAGAGCAGACACGUGGACUUCCAGUGCGUCCGCAGCAGGAGCGUCCCCAACCUCAUCACCGCCAUGGGGGAGGGGCCUGUGCGGGCCGGAGCCACGCCCACCCCGCAGGUCGACGAGCUAGAUCGGCUGAAUGGCCCCGCCCCUCCUGGCCUCGACCAAUGACUGAUGGAACUAGAAACACUGACUAGACUAAUA